AUGAUAGAUAGAAUAUUAGACCAUGUUUUCAUGUCUGGAGCCAGAGAAGUGCUUGAUGGCCAUUCACUUCUGAAACAUGGCAUAACCCAUGUGCUUACCAUCUCUGCCGUUGCGAUUCCAGUGGAACGACGGCUUCCAAACAUUGAUUAUCACUUUUUGUUUGCGAUGGACCUCUCGAAUCAGGAUCUCCUUGGUGGAGGGCAGAUCGCGGAAGGGAUAGCUUAUAUCACGAGAGCUGUGCAGUCAGGCGGAGAUGUGCUGGUUCACUGCCCAAAUCAAGGAUUUUAUGCUCAGUUGCAAAUCUUUGAAUCACUUCAUUACCAAAUCGACGGACCCUCUUUAGCUGGAAGUCGUAUGUAUAAAGAUUGGUGUGUUUCGUCUGGCAAUGUUCCACACAAUGGUGCCCAGCCACAAGCAGCUACAUUAUAUCAAGAGGUUAAUGCUGACGAUUGUUCAAAAGAGCGAGGGAAUAAAUACAGAUGCGGGAAGUGCCGUCAUAUUCUUUUCUUUGGCGAGCAUCUGACGAAACAUAAACGUGCUGAUGGCGAGGUGUGCGAAUUUGGCUAUCUUAUCGAACCGAUGAAAUGGAUGAAUGUGUCGGAAUACGAGGGAAAGAUCUGUUGUCCAAAGUGCGACUCAAAGCUUGGCAACUAUUCGUGGGGUGGUCGACAGUGUCAAGGCGAUCCUGGAGCCAGGUGUAUGCAACAUGUCACACCAUGGGUACACCUUCAUCGUUCCAAAGUGGAUGAGGUGGCCACACAGUCACCUAUUGAACGACUUCAGACGCCCCGUCCGCAGAUCCCAGCGGUCAUCAUAUCAUGA